AUGGGUAGACGAGCUGCCUCGCCAGCCGCUUCGGAGAAUGGCUUCGACAUCUCCAAUGCUCUUUUCGGAGGAGCGGGUCUAGACUCGGACGACGACACUACUCUUGCCGGAUUCGAGCAACCUCAAGCCGCCGCCAUUGAUGCUUCCGCUGGAGCCGGACUUGACGACGACAGUGAUGGCGACGAACUGUACAUUGCUGCUCAGCAGGCUGCUAGCAACAGAAAGACGAAGGAUGCAACGGGAAAGGUCACCAAGAAGGGAGGAGGCUUCCAGUCCAUGGGUCUGAAUGGAAACCUGCUCAAGGCCAUUACUCGCAAAGGCUUCUCUGUGCCCACGCCCAUUCAGCGCAAGACCAUUCCUGUCAUUCUGGAUGGUCAAGAUGUCGUCGGUAUGGCCAGAACCGGUUCAGGAAAGACGGCCGCCUUCGUCAUACCCAUGAUCGAGAAGUUGAAGUCACACAGCGCAAAAGUCGGUGCAAGAGCCGUCAUCUUGUCACCUUCGCGUGAACUCGCGCUUCAAACACUCAAGGUCGUUAAAGAGAUGGGCAAGGGAACAGAUCUCAGGACAAUCUUGCUGGUCGGUGGUGAUAGUCUGGAGGAGCAGUUCUCGUCCAUGGCCUCAAACCCGGAUAUUAUCAUUGCCACCCCUGGUCGUUUCGAGCAUUUGAAGAUUGAGAUGAACCUGGACCUGUCUUCAAUCAAAUACAUUGUCUUCGACGAGGCUGAUCGUCUUUUCGAGAUGGGUUUCGCCGCCCAGCUGGCCGAGAUCAUGGCCGCUCUGCCUCCCAACAGACAGACUCUCCUGUUCUCCGCCACUUUGCCCAGAUCCCUGGUCGAAUUCGCUCGCGCUGGUCUUCAGGAGCCCAAGCUCAUCCGUCUGGACGCCGAAACAAAGGUCUCACCUGAUCUCGAAACCGCUUACUUCUCCGUCAACACUCAGGAAAAGGAGGGCGCCCUCAUACACAUUCUCAGAGACGUUAUCAAGAUGCCUAGCGGACCUACAGAGAGGUCCAAGCAGGUCAAGGAAGACGGUGCGAAGUCCAAGAAGCGCAAGCGAGGCCCCGAUGGUCCCGGCGCCAAUGAAACACCAACUGAACAUUCUACCAUCGUCUUUGCUGCUACAAAGCAUCACGUCGAAUACCUCUACAACCUUCUCAGCCAACUCGGAUAUGCCGUAUCAUACGUCUAUGGUGCUUUGGAUCAAACCGCCAGAAAGAUACAGAUCCAGGAGUUCAGAUCUGGACUUACAAACAUUCUUGUUGUUACCGAUGUCGCUGCUCGUGGUGUUGAUAUCCCCAUUCUGGCCAACGUCAUCAACUACGAUUUCCCUUCGCAACCAAAGAUCUUUGUUCACCGUGUUGGUCGUACCGCUCGUGCUGGUCGCAAGGGUUGGGCCUACAGUCUGGUCACACAGAAGGAUCUGCCCUACCUGCUCGAUCUACAGCUCUUCCUGAGUCGCAGACUGGUUCUUGGAAGAGAGUCCACUGACGAAAUUAACUACGCCGAUCAGGUCGUGUUAGGCACGCUUGUCAGAGCGCCCCUCGAAGUCUGUGUCGAAGAAGUCGGAAAGCUUGUAGACGAGGAUGUUGACUUGUCUGGCAUGCGCGAUGUCUCCGUCAAAGCUGAAAAGCAAUAUGUUCGUACUCGUACUUCGGCCUCUUCUGAGAGUGCAAAGCGUGCCAAGAUCGUCGGCUCCUCACCGCAUUACUCAGAGAUUCACACUUUGUUUGAGGAUGACUCGGAGGCUAGACAGCUGGAGCUGGAAAGAGAGAAAAUGCUUGCACGUGUCAGUGGAUUCCGUCCACCGGAGACAAUUUUCGAGGUCGGCAAACGAGGUACGGCCAACGAGGCUACGGAGAUCAUGAGAAACAGACGCGCCAAGAUUGUUCCGCGUAAGCAACAAGAACAGGAAGAAGCUGCGGAAAUUGAGGAGAUGGAUGCAGACACUUCAGUGUUUGACAAUGACGAUGAAGACCUCCCACAAGGUGAUAUCGACGUUGACCUGGACGAGGCUUCUGAAGAUGAGCUCGAGAUCACAUUUUCACAACCCGAGAAGAAGAAGGCAAAAUCAUCAAGUACAGGACAGGAUUCGGAAUUCUUCAUGUCUUAUACGCCACAAAAUAUUAACAUGGCUGAAGAUCGAGGUUAUGGCGUUCAUUCGGGUACGGACGGAGGACGCAACACGCACUUUUUGGACGCAGCCCGCGGUGCCACUAUGGAUCUGGCAAACGACGAUACAAAGGCUUUCGGUGCUCCUAGCAAGGCUGGCGGUCUCCGUUGGGACAAGAAGAGCAGAAAAUACGUAUCCCGUGCCAACGACGAGGACGGCUCCAAGGGUACCAAGAUGAUCACGGGUGAGAGCGGUCUGAAGAUCGCAGCCUCGUUCCGCAGUGGUCGCUUCGACAGAUGGAGGAAGGACAACAAACUCGAUGUUCUUCCUCGCGUCGGAGAACUUGAACGUCCCGGCAACAGAAACGGACUCGAUAAUCAACGCUUCAAGCACAAAAUGGUUAAAGCACCUAAAGAUGCCGACAAAUACCGAGACGAUUACCACAAGCAAAAAGCAAAGGUGGAUGCAGCAAAGGAGAAACGUAUCGGCAGGUUCGAGGGUGGACCUGGCAAGAGCGAAAUCAGAGGUGUUGAUGAUGUGCACAAGCUCAGACAAGAAAAGCAGAAACGACAGGAUAAAAAUGGUCGACCACAAGGUUCAAGCAGUCGUGGCCGUGGUGGUGGCCGUGGUGGUUCGAGCCGAGGAGGUUUCGGAGAUCGUGGUGGAAGUAGUCGGGGAGGUCGUGGAGGCGGUGGUCGGGGUCGUGGCGGAGGUAGAGGUAGAGGAGGCAGAAGCUAG